UGUGUCAAUACUUGCAAAAAUAUCAAACAAAAUGGCUGGUGAUCUAGCAUGCAAGAGCGGAUUUGUUUUCGAUAAUUGCAGACGAAAUGAAAUGCUUAAAGAAGCUGGAUACCCGGUUCCUAAAUUUAAAAAGACGGGAACGACUAUCGCAGGUAUAGUUUUUAAGGAUGGAGUCAUUUUGGGAGCAGAUACAAGAGCUACCGAAGGACCUAUCGUUGCCGAUAAAAAUUGCCGUAAAAUCUAUUGUUUGAAUCCAAAUAUAUAUUGCGGUGGAGCCGGAACGGCUGCAGAUUUAGUAAUGACAACAAAAUUGAUUUCCUCUCAGCUCGAAUUACUACGCUUGGAAAUGAAUAGAACUGUACCAGUCGUGUGUGCAAAUACGUUGUUGACACGAAUGUUGUUUAGAUACCAAGGAAACCUCGGCGUGGCUUUGGUACUUGGAGGAGUGGAUUCGACCGGAGGUAGCAUCUACUGCAUAUAUUCUUACGGAUCUUCUCAGAGCCUGCCUUACGCUACCGUAGGAUCGGGUUCUCUUGCCGCCAUGACCGUAUUCGAGAGCAGAUGGAAGCCGAACAUGGAAUUAGAAGAAGGAAAGAAACUAGUGAAAGAUGCCAUAGCUGCCGGUAUCUUGAAUGACUUGGGCUCGGGAGGAAUUGUCGACCUGUGCGUCGUGACUAAAGAAGGAGCUACGCACUUCCGUCCCUAUGAAGUCAUCUCGAAGAAGGAAGAAAAGGAAACAGUAUAUAAAUAUGAACGAGGAGCCACGGCUAUUCUCUCCAAGCAAGAAAUUCCAUUGGAAGUGGAAGAAACUAUUAUUGAUCUUCGUUAAAUUCAGUUUAAUUCCAAUUAUUUUCAAAAUUAUUCGGCAAUUUCUGUUAAAAUGUUUAUCUUACUAGUUCACUUUUUACGUUCGUCACGUAUUAAUUUUUAAUGUAUUUUAAAUGUGUUUAAAAGUUAAUAAAUUGAUCUUUAACUCGUUAUGUUUAUUUAAUUUUGUGUAAAAUGUAUAAUUAAUAGACUGUGAUAAUUAUUUACAAGGUAUUUGCUAUGGAAUUAUUAAUUCGAUACAUAUUAAAUGAUGUUUUUAUGCAGUAAGCCUAUUACUUUAAUCCACAUAGUAUAA